AUGGUUCGCGGCAGAGCACCAGCGCGUGGCACCCGCAGAGGAGCGGCCAGUGCCGGUACCGAACGACCAGCACCCGAUGCGCCGGCGCCUGCGUCAACGUCGACUGACGCACCAGCGGCCGCUUCAAGCGAGACGGCACCUGCGAGUCGCGGGGGCGCAACACGAGCCACACGAGCACCAGCUGCAGGACGAUUCCGGCCAAGGAAUGUGCGUCGAGACGAGGCCGAGCGAGAUAGCCUGGCGCGACAGGAAGAGAAGAAGGCGAGCGAGCGUGCCGCGGAGGAGCGCAAAGCUCGUGGGCGCUCGCGUUUCCGCAGCAAAAGAAGUCGCGGUGACACAAUGGGCAGGGGAGGGUUUGGUCGUAUCAUUUCCGGAGCCAGUGGCCCAUUCUCUUCCGGCAAUGGAGCGGGUCCGGGCAGAGGCGGCAGCGGAUGGUUUGGCGGUGGUGGUAGUAGCAUCGGCGGUGGUGGCGGCGGCUUUGGUGCCCGCGGGAUGAAGUCUGAGUCCAAGGGUCUCAGCUUCGCACAAGGACGAGACAUCUACCGAGAACCACGAAUCAACGCCGAUAAACUACACAUCAUGUCGCCCGAGGAGGAGCUGGACAGCGAAGACGAGGCCAUGAUUCAUGCGCUGAGCUCCAAGGACUCGAGCAAAAUGCCCAUGGGCAUAUAUCGCAAGGAGCAUAAGGAGGCCGAAAUUGUCGUGGCUACGACGGCUGAGCUGGAAGCAAAGGAGAAUGCCACCGGUGAGGAGGAAAGCCUCUGGGUGGACGGAGAAUCAGGGACGCUGCCACCUUCCGAUCAGCCCGAGGAGGGCGUCUGGGGCACGGGGUCCAAGCCUCUGAUCAAGGAGGAGCCCGCGGCAGAAGACGCAAUGGACGUCGACCUUGCCACAGUGCCCAAGGUGGAAGAUAAGGCUGCUACUGCGGCACCAGUCAAGGUCAAGAAGGCUCUGCCUCAAGAUCCCGAGAGCAAGAUGAUCCAGUCAGACCUGGAUCUGCUCGCGCGAGAGCUCGGCGCCGUCACGGUCGACGGCGAGAGCGCGCCCGAGCUUGCAAACAAGGACGGCCGGCUGUACCUCUUCCAAUUCCCUCCGCUGAUGCCGCCGCUCAAGGAGACGAGCACGCCGCAGGAACCAGCCAAGGUCAAGGAGGAGACGUCGGCCCUCAGCGUCGACGACAUUCCCGCCAGCACCGACAAGACGGCCGUGGACCUCACCGGCGACAACGACAAGAACGGCAGCGGCGGCGACGAGGACGACGAGGACGACGACGAGGAGACGGAGGAGGAGCGCGCCAAGGCCGAGCUCAAGCACGGCUUCAAGUCGCAGUUCCUGUCGCAGGGCGGCAUGAUUGGCCGCCUCAACGUGCGCCGGUCGGGCAAGGUCGAGCUCGACUGGGGCGGGCACGUGCUCGAGAUGAGCCCGGCCGCGGGCAUGAACUUCCUGACGACGGCCGUCAUCGUCGAGGAGAGCGACGAGAAGCCCGUCGUCGUCAGCGCCGGCGCCAGCGCGCGCCCGACCGGCGGCGACUGCGUCGGCAUGGGCAAGAUCAUGGGCCGCUUCGUGGUGGCGCCCGUCUGGAGCGAAGAGGAGGACUGGGACGUUGCGCCGGAAGAGCUGCAGUCUGCGUAA